CUGCCUCCUACUACUGGACAAAGAAGCGGUAGUGCCCUCCCAGGAGUUUUGCUGACGUCACGGAAGGACGAAUUGAUUUACCGCGAGGUCAUUCGGUCUCUCCGAGGUGCCGGUAGCAGCUCAGCGGAGGCGCCAUCUUAAGACGCAGAGAGACGCAGCUCCGCCAGCAGGCAGGACACUACCAUGUAUCCGACCGCUCUGACGCAGCUGGCUAGGGCCAACCCAUUCAGCGCUCCGUUGUUCAGCCUCCAGAAAGUGGAAGAACCCCAACAGAGCCUUCAUGGACAGAGGCCCCGCAGACUGGCAGCAGCCGCCACCGCAGACGAGGAUGUCAGCUGUGAGUUUGGCUCCUCAAAGUACUAUGCCCUGUGUGGGUUUGGGGGUAUCCUGAGCUGCGGCAUCACACACACAGCAGUAGUGCCCCUCGACCUUGUCAAGUGCCGUCUGCAGGUGAGCCCAGAAAAAUACAAGAGCAUUGGCAAUGGCUUUGCAGUAACGGUGAGGGAAGAUGGUGUCAGAGGCCUGGCAAAGGGCUGGGCCCCUACCUUCAUUGGUUACUCCAUGCAGGGACUGUGCAAGUUUGGCUUCUAUGAGGUGUUUAAGAUCUUCUACAGUGACUUGCUGGGAGAGGAGAAUACCUACCUGUGGAGGACAUCUCUGUACCUGGCUGCCUCAGCCAGCGCAGAGUUCUUUGCUGACAUUGCCCUGGCUCCCAUGGAGGCGGUCAAAGUUCGUAUCCAGACCCAGCCAGGCUACGCAAACACUCUCAGGCAGUGUGUCCCCAAGAUGUUUGCAGAGGAGGGGCUCUGGGCUUUCUAUAAGGGUGUGGUGCCCCUGUGGAUGAGGCAGAUCCCCUACACCAUGAUGAAGUUCGCUUGCUUUGAACGCACUGUGGAAAUGCUUUAUAAGUAUGUGGUUCCAAAGCCCCGCAGUGAGUGCUCCAAAUCUGAGCAGCUAGUUGUCACCUUUGUGGCUGGUUACAUCGCUGGUGUGUUCUGUGCCAUCGUUUCCCACCCUGCUGACUCUGUGGUGUCUGUGCUGAACAAGGAGAAGGGCAGCACUGCUGUCCAGGUCCUCAAGAGGCUGGGACCCAAAGGUGUGUGGAAGGGUCUUGUUGCCCGUAUCAUCAUGAUUGGUACCCUGACCGCCCUGCAGUGGUUCAUUUACGACUCUGUGAAGGUCUACUUCCGUCUGCCCCGCCCACCUCCCCCCGAGAUGCCAGAGUCCCUGAAGAAGAAGCUUGGCCUCACAGAGUAACACCCCAGUCCAGCCAGUCUCCUUCACAUACACGUCAAACCACCCUCCACUUCCACAACGCACACAGUUUUCUAUAUUUAUGUUCUGGGCUCCUGCUGCUCUACACACAGCGUAUGGCUGCUAAUUACUAUUUAAGAACAGAAAAGCGAGUGAAAGAGGGCCUGUACAUGUUCAUUGCUCAAGAAUCCAACAGAAAAUAUUCCUCUGUAGAAACCCCUAUCUGGUUUUAUCAACUCCUGUCAUUAGAUAAUGUGGAAAUUAUAAUAAAAGAAAUACUUCCCUGGA